UUCAAUUUCAGGCGGGAAAACUGUAGUUGUAGGACCCGGGACAUGCUGUCCCCACAGGGACUCCUGUAUAAGCAGCCCAGUGUGUUAAAGGGGCGCACCAAUGUGGUAACUGUUACCCCUUGGUUGGCACCAAUUGUCUGGGAAGGCACCUUUAAUCCCUUGGUUGUUGACAGCAUUUACAAGCCUAUGCACCUCAGCAUUGCCACAACUGUCUUUGCGGUUGGCAAGUAUGUGCGCUUCCUGCGUGACUUCCUAGAGACUGCCGAGAAGCAUUUCAUGGUGGAUUUCAAAGUGCACUACUACAUCUUCACUGACCAGAGGGAAGAUGUGCCAGCGGUGGUCCUCGCUCCCGGUAGAAAUGUAACCAUCAUCCCAGUCCCUGGCUCCAACCGCUGGCAGGAGAUCUCCUCCAGGAGGAUGGAGAUGAUCCAGACCGCCAUCGAGAACCAGAUAGGCAAGGAGGCGGACUACAUCUUUUGCUUGGAUGUGGACACAAAGUUCCACGGACGGUGGGGGGCAGAAACAUUGAGCAGGCUGGUGGCCACUAUUCACCCAGGUUACUAUGAGCACACCCAUGAGCACUACCCUUACGAACGCCGUCCUGCCUCGCGGGCCUACAUCCCCGCGGGGGAAGGAGACUACUACUAUGGAGGCGCCACCAUCGCUGGCUAUGUGAGGGACGUGCACAAGCUGACAAAGUACUGCCGCGAGCAGCUGGAGGCCGAUGCCGCCAACUCCAUCGAGGCGGCAUGGCAGGAGGAAAGCCACCUGAACAGAUAUCUUCUUUACAACAAGCCCACUAAGAUUCUGUCUCCGGAAUACCUGUGGCAGGACUUCAAGGCCAAGAACAACGAGGUGCAAAUAAUCCGCUUCUCUCAGGUCAACAAGAACUAUGCAGAGGUUCGGCCCAACGUGAAGAAAAGAAAGUAAUGCUGUGGCCACUGUCGCACCAAGAUUCAGGAUCUAGGCCAGGGAGGAGGAUGCUGCUAUUUGUAUACAUUCAAGGUGGCUGGAUCAGUAAACAAGCUUAUGUUGUUCCGUUUUUCUCUCAAUUAGUUUAUAUCCUUUACCGCUAAAGAUAUAUUAUAGACAUGAAGGGCUGUUUCCAUGUAGAAAUGUUUGUCAUAGGAGCAGAAGUGUGGAUAGAGGGUGAGUUUGUGCAAUGAAUGUGCAAUUAAUACUUAUAAUACAUGAUAUUUGUGAUAUUUGUGUUAUUUGUGUCAUUCUUCGUUUUAUAUAUAUAUAUAUAUAUAUAUGGCCUAGCCAGUCUCCAGACCUGAACCCAAUAGAAAAUCUUUGGAGGGAGCUGAAAGUCCGUAUUGCCCAGCAACAGCCCCGAAACCUGAAGGAUCUGGAGAAGGUCUGUAUGGAGGAGUGGGCCAAAAUUCCUGCUGCAGUGUUUGCAAACCUGGUCAAGAACUACAGGAAACGUAUGAUCUCUGUAAAUGCAAACAAAGGUUUCUGUACCAAAUAUAAAAUGCUAAUGAAUUACUUAAAAAUCCUACAAUGUGAUUUUCUGGAUUUUUGUUUUAGAUUCAGUCUCUCACAGUUGACGUGUACCUAUGAUAAAAAUGACAGACCUCUACAUGCUUUGUAAGUAGGAAAACCUGCAAAAUCGGCAGUGUAUCAAAUACUUGUUCUUGAAAAGGGGGAAUAUGUGAUUGGUGCAUACAUUUUUUGACUUUUUAAUUAAUGAUAUAUAGCCAUUGCUUCUUGCAGAAUAAAACUUACAGUAUAAAUGCCUCAUGACCUUAGUUCAGGGGUCUCCAACCCUGUUCCUGGAGAGCUAUCGUCCUGUAUGUUUUCACUCCAACCCUAAUCUAGCACACCUGAUUCUAAUAAUUAGCUGGUUGAUAAGCUGAAUCAGGUUAGUUACAACUGGGGUUGGAGCGAAAACCUACAGGAGGGUAGCUCUCCGGAAAUAGGGUUGGAGAGCCUUGCCUUAAUUCAAGGUCUGUACCGCAUCAGAAUCCAAAAUAUAAGCUUGUUGUUAUCUAUCUUUUGUAAACAAUGUAAUCGUAAAAACAACCGCACUGUAUUGUCUCAAAACAUGGUUAAAACUAUCAUUAUGAUCUCAUCGAUGGUCAAUGUAUGAAUUUGAGAGCAUGUAUUGAUUUAUAUGAUCCUUUGCCCUCUGUAUUACUUGUGACCCGCACAAACACUUGCUGUGGCGUCUCCCUUGGGUCCAUUCACCAUUUGUUUCUUCUCACAGCCGUAACAAUGGAGAUUGGCAGGAGCUUAUGGUCGUUAAACACAUUUAUCUGGACCAGUAUAACUGGUCCAUAACUGGUCUUUUCACAGUGUCUCCACCACUGUGAAAAGUAACUAAUGGUGACUCAAUGUUCAUUUCAACCAGCUUAUGGUGAGUUGCCAUAAGCUCCUGCCAGUCUUCAUUGUCUCACAUUGAGACAGAACAGGUUGUCCAUCUGGGAGUGGUCAUAUAUAUGUAUGUUCUCUUUUUCUGGGUUAUUGGCUGCUCUUAAGACAGGGGUUUAUGAAAACAUUCACCCUCUUCCAGUUCCAUAGAAUUGUUGUUAAAAAUCUGAAUUUACUUACAGUGAAUGAAAAGGAUAAUUCAUUCAUUUAAAUUAGUGUGACUGCAGUGCUCUAUAUUGGCACAAAGUGAUUGGAAAUGAAGGACAUGGAGAAAUUUACAUCAGACUUGUUUUAAUAUGAAUAUCAAAGGCAUCAUUAUGACCAACACAGGUGCACGCAGGUACACACAGUUGCAUACAGUUGUGGAUAACUUACAUACGCACAAAUAUCAUACCCCCCCAAAAAGACACUAACCUCCCUUGUUAUUGUAAUGUUGAGAGGUUAGUAUGUCUUGGGGUAUGAUAUUUGUGCAUCUGUAACUUUCUCACUUAUCAUUAUUCACGAUUCACUCAGGAUCAUCCGUAAACAUGGUGCCAUCCCCAUUAAUGUAGAAGUGUUUAGAAACAUUUUCUAUUCUUAUUCUUAUUUACAAUAAAGUGAAACCCGAAAUGACACAAUACAUUAUUUACCAUUCAUUUCUAUUGGGCACAAAACUAUCUCAAACACAACCAAAACAAAGAGCAAAUGUGUCCAACAGAGUCACAAGCUUGAUGUAGUCAUUGUGUGCUAUGAAUAUGGGAACAAAUACUUAACAUUUUAAUAAUUUAACAUACAUUUAAGUGAAUUUGUCCCAAUACUUUUGUCCCAAUACUCCCCUAAAAUGGGGGGACUAUGUAGAAAAAGUGCUGUAAUUUGCAAACGAUUCACCCGAUAUGAAUGGAAAUACCAAAUUAAAGCUGACAGUCUGCACAGUAUUUUUUAAAUUUCAAAUCCAACCUUUUGGAGUAUAGAGCCAAAAGAAGAAAAAAUAUUCACUGUCCCAAUAAUUACGGAAGGGCACUGUGCAUAAGGUUUACAUAACAUAUUUCAUGGCCCCAUGUCCAUCAGGUCAGUGUUUAUAGACCUGGUGUGGUAUGGUGACAUCUAGUGGUGUAGCGUGGCCACCGUUGAAUACAGCAACUAAUCAUUCUCUAAUUCAAUAGAGGUUAAUUCAUUGUGUAUAUAUACCAAAUCUGGAGUCAAUCUGAUUUAUGGUUCAUAAGAAGAAGAUUUUUAAAAGUAUUUUUAGCAUUAGCAUAUGUGCUAACAUGCAUCUAUAAGUACAGUGUGGCCAUAUUUGAAAUGAGCAACAACAAUUUUUUUAUUGAUACCAUAAAAAUUGGAUUUAAUGAGUCUAAAUACAAAAUCUGGACUGAAUCUGUAAGGCCUUACAAUCUUAUCUGUCCAAUUUGUACUAUCUGGCCGCUCGGCCAAACUUAUCUUAUCUGGCCUCCUGGCUAAACUUAUCCUAUCUGGGCAGGCGGCCAAACUUAUACUAUCUGGCGAGGUGGCCGAACUUGUCCUAUCUUUCCGGCCAGACGGACUAAUCCUAUCUGUCCUUCCGGCGAACUUGUCCUAUCUGGCCGACAUGUCCUAUCUGGCCACCCAGGCUGAAUUUGUCCUAUCUGACUGGCCAUCCAAACUUAUCCUAUCUGGCCAAACUUGUCUUAACUGACCAAUUUGUCCUGUCUGUCCGGCCGUCCGAACUUGUCCUAUCUGACUGACUUGUCCUAUCGAACUUAUGCUAUCUGGCCGACUUGUCCCAUCUGGCCCGGCCGAACUUAUCCUAUUUGGGCAGCCGAACAAAUGUAUCCCAUCGUUCCGUCCGUGUCGGACUUGUCCUAUCUGGCUGAUGGGCCAACUAAUUCAAACAUUUUCCUUAAAGUACACUACUGGUCAAAAGUUUUAGAACACCUACUCAUUCAAGGGAUUUUCUUUAUUUUGACUAUUUUCGACAUUAUAGAGUAAUAGUGAAGACAUCUAAACUAUGAAAUAACACAUAUGGAAUCAUGUAGCUAGCAAAAAGUGUUAAACAAAUAUUUGAGAUUCUUCAAAUAGCCACCCUUUGCCUUGAUGACAGCUUUGUACACUUGGCAUUCUCUCAACCACCGGUAGUGUAUAUAUAUCUUUAUUUAUUCCAAUGUUAACGUCCCCACUACAACAACAAAAUACAAAAUGUAAUUUUGUCCUUGAAACAUUUCAUUUAAAUAUUGUAGAAUUCCAUUCAUUCCUAUGGAGGAAUGCAGAAGCUUCAAAGCCUCAUUGGCCAAUACAUAGAGGCAGCAAUCCAGGGUUAAUAUUCACUGAGUGUACAAAACAUUAUGAACACCUGCUCUUUCAAUGACAUAGACUGACCUUGUGAAUCCAGGUGAACGCUAUGAUCCGUUAUUGAUGUUAAAGAUGCACUAUGCAGAAAUCGCUUCACCAUUUCCAAGUUGCAAAAAUGAUAAAAGUUUGCCUAAUUUCAGUUUAUGUGUCACGUCCUGACCUUAGUUCUUUCGUUAUGUCUUUGUUUUAGUAUGGUCAGGGUGUGAGUUGGGUGAGUUGUCUAUGUUAGUUUUUCUAUGAUUUACUAUUUCGGUGUUUGGCCUGGUAUGGUUCUCAAUCAGAGGCAGCUUUCAAUCGUUGUCCCUGAUUGAGAACCAUAUUUAGGUAGCCUGUUUUCUAUUGUGUUUCGUGGGCGAUUGUUUUCUGCUGUGUGUCUGCACCAGCCAAAACUGGUUUUCAGGCAUUUCUCUUUGUUAUUUUUUGUUCUUGCCGUGUUCAUUUGAAUAAAUAUGGACACAUACGACGCUG